AUGACUCCACCAACUUCUAGCAUCACAAAACCCAAAAGACAAGAGUUAGAUGCGUUCAUUAGGGGCCGAAUUAUAGGUCAAUGGGAGAAGGACGCUACAUAUGGAGAAAUCUCUAAAGCCCUUGACAUUCCGAAGAGCACUGUUGGAAAUGUAGUGAAAGCCUUCAGAGAUAAAGGUGUUUCCAAGCCCUUGACACGUCUAGGAAGGGAACCAAAGGUUACAAAGAGAACACAAUCUGCGAUGGUGCGCUCAUUUCGUAGUGAGCCAUUCGUGUCAAUUGCGGCUCAGCAUCAGAGAUUAGUCGAUGUGGGAAUCUCCAUCUGCAUGACUACAUUCCAAACCCUUAAAGACUUAACUCGAUUCGCCUCGAGAUAUCUUCAAAACACAACAGAGUCUCAAGAUACUUAUUACUCCAGAAUUACAUAG